GCUACUCGACUCAACACCUUACUGGGAAAACAGAGUAAAAAAUAUCAACCAAUGAGCGAAGGGGCAAAAACAGACAGCUGCAAGGAAAGUCGUUUCUAGGAAAGUUGUGCCAUAUUAUUUUGUCUUUUUUCGACACACAACACACUUGCCUCGAUCGUGGCGGUUUAUGAUGAUUUCACACGGGAAAUACUGGGUCUAUAAUGGAUUAAUGUUGCCAAAAGAAACUCACUCAGCGGAAAGUUUAAAAUUUGCGGAAGAACUGAAAGUUCAGAACAAUGAUAUAUUUGCUAUCACCUACCCGAAGUCAGGCACCACAUGGAUGCAGGAAAUUCUGCCUCUGGUUCUCAAUGGAGGGGACCUUACGCCAGUGCAAACUAUUCCCAACUGGGACCGUGUUCCUUGGGUGGAAGAGACUCGAGCAGCUCUGGUCAUGGACAACCUGGUUGCCCCCAGGGCCAUGGUCUCUCACAUGCCCUACAAUUUAAUGCCUCCCUCUUUCAUGUCCUCAAAAGCUAAGGCUAUCUAUGUCACCAGGAACCCCAGAGAUGUCUUGGUGUCCUCAUUCCACUUCCACAAGAUGGCCAACUUCCUGGAUGAUCCAGGGACUUUUGAUGAGUUUCUGGAAAAGUUCCUUUCUGGAAAAGUCAUGUUUGGGAAAUGGACUGAGCAUGUGAAGAGCUGGAGGAAGGCCAAUUUGAGGGACAGAAUCCUGUUUGUCACCUAUGAAGAGAUGGUUCAGGACCUGCGGGGCGUUAUCAGGCGUUUCUCAUCUUUCCUGGGUCAAGACCUGGAUGAGGAGACAGUGGAGCGUGUGGCCAACCAUUGCUGCUUCAGCAAUAUGAAGACCAACAUUAUGUCCAACUACUCUCUGGUUCCGCAGGGAAUCAUGGACAGCAGCAAGUCUCCCUUCCUUAGAAAAGGUGUUGCAGGGGACUGGAAAAAUCAUUUCAGCCCUGAACAGGAGGCCAGAUUUGUAGCUGUUAUACAACAGGAAAUGGCUGGAAUUAAUAUUACAUUCCCUUGGGAUCAGGAGUAAGCGGAAGACAUGCGGCUGGGAUGGUCUUUGGGCCUAUAACUAAUAACACUGACAAGAGUAACCAGUAUUUAGAUGUUCUCAUUCUGAUGAUUAGAGGACAUUUUUAUCAUUUGGAUAACUUUUUUUGUAGAUAUAAUUAAGAUAAUUUGAUCAACCACUGACAUAUACUGAUACAACCAUAAGCAACCAUAUAUUUUGCACAGCUAUUUUACUCAUAUUCUUAAAAAGCAUUGCCAUAACUGGUGAUGUAUGUGUAAAGAAGCACAUUUUGAGAUAUUUCAAACUGUUUUAAUGAACUGAUUUAAUAAACAUGUUUACAGAAUGAUAUAGCACAUGA